ACAAUAAUUUUCAUAUUUAUCUAAUACAUUUAAUGCAAGAUUACAUUAAAAGACUUGCUACCACUUGUGCAGCUUCAUUUCCUUUCAUUUGCUACCACUUGUGCAGCUUCAUGUGGCUAUACUUGCUGCUACUUUGCAGCCUCAUUUGCAUUUCAUUAUAGCCGCAUUUCAUCAACAUUUGCGGCAUAGUUUGCUACACUUUGCUGCUACCGUGUUUUGGUGCAGCUCUCCCUUCUUUUGCAUUUUGUUGCCACUUGUGCAGCGUUCUUUUCAUUAGCUGCCUCUUGUGCAACUCUGGACUCAUGGAGUUGGGUAUGGAAGCUAUGUUGUGCAGAGCGGAUUCGAAUGUUGGUAUGGCUUUUGGUGAGAGGGAGGGUUCUCACUAACUCUCUACGUUUUGACCGUCAUAUGUCUGCCUCUUGUGUUUGCCCCAGGUGCGAUGUUUCUGAGGAAACGCCUAUUCACUUGUUACGUGAUUCUUAUUAUGCUAAGAUUGUCUGGGGACUUUUGGGGUUUGCUACAACUGAGUUCUUUGCUCUAGAGUUGGUUUCGUGGAUUAAGAAAUUUUCUAAUCCAUCACGGCGGAAUAGGCAUGCUGGAGUGGUCACAGACGAUGGUGUUUUUGUUUGCCAUUUGGAUUCUCUGGAAAGACAGAAAUGCUCUCAUUUUUAGAUCUCAUAAAUCAAGACCCCAGGAGUUAUGUGCUACGAUUUUCCAGCAAGCCCAGUACACUAAGAUUGCCAUGAAUCCUAUAUCGUCACCCCGUUCAAGGCAGCCACGAUGGGUAAGUUGGAUUCCACCAGAAGAGGGAUGGUGCAAACUAAACUCUGAUGGGUCCUAUAAUGCUGGUGAUAAAUCGGCUGGAGCAGGAGGUUUGAUUAGAGAUAGCGCAGGUUGUUGGAUUUCUGGUUUCACAGUUAAUGUGGGGGAUGCUUCUAUUUUUAUUGCUGAGCUUUGGGGUCUUAGAGAAGGACUUCGUUUAUGUAAAUCUCUUGGAUUAUCUAAAAUUGUUGCAGACAUGGAUUCAUUAAUGGCUGUUAGUUUUAUUCAAGAGCAUCGGAUGCCCGAUAAUUUGUCUGCAGCAAUUCUUGUAGAAAUUCAGAGUUUGAUGCUGGAAUUUGAAGCCUGCCUUCUGCAACAUACUUUGCGAGAGGGGAAUGCUGCAGCAGACUUCUUGGCUUCCUUGGGACACUCUUUGCCACCAGGUUUAAGAAUUUGGAGUUCUCCACCGAGUGGCUUAAGGUCCAUCCUCACCGGGGAUCAACUGGGGACAUGCUUCCUUCGUUUUUAGUUUUCUUUUAGUUUAAUUAGCUUACUCUGAUGUACCAAAAAAAAAACUUUCUUCUCUUUUUUCUGGAGAUUCAAAGCAACCAAACAAAGAAUUUCAAACAACCAACCAUUACAAACAAAAGGAAAAUGUUAAAGAAGUAGUUACACCAAGAAUUUAGAUUGUUAGUGCUAUGAAAAAACACUUAACAGAAGUCAUAAACUUUCCUCUAAUUUCCAUCAAAUUCUGGGGAACCAAACACGGCAAAUUCAUAUAAAAACAGUAACUUCAAAAUUCAAAUGAAAGUUCAUUGCAUACCUUCUGCUUCCGGCGACAGUUGUGCAUCCGAUCCAAACCCCCCGAGGCAAUCCAAAGCCACAAAACUGAAAACCAGAACAGAGACCAUCUUAACCGUCGAGAAGACAAAACCCAUAUUUUCUUGGCAAAAUCCAAUCCUUAAACGGAAAAAGAACAAAACAAAGUAAUGGAACAGAGGAAACUCUUGUCUGAAAGGGAAGAAGAAGGAAGAAUAGGGGGGUUUUUAAGACAGAGAGUAGAGUUUUGGAAAUGGCUUUGAAUUGAGAGUGUCAAUUGCAGCGAAUGCAACGCAGUAGAAGAAGAAGACAAGUUGUAUAAAUGUUUUUGGUUUUG